AACCAUAAAGCAAAAUUAAAUUUAAAAACCUCAAAAACGACGCAGGUGGCCAGACACUCUUGGAGUCAUAAACAAACGGCUGACAGCUGUUUGAAUAAGUUUGAAGGUGACAAAAACCAAGCGUAAAUUUUCACAAAACCCAUUGAAUAUUCAUAAAAUAAUAUUUGAAAGUGUAGAAUAUGAACGUUUACAAUCAUUAGAAAGUGUACUGUACAGUGUAUGUUAAAUAAUGAGUGUUUAUUUUGUUUCUGAGCUUUUGUUGUAAUUGUUCAAAAUGUAUACUCUUAAGGGUAUAUUUCCAGAACCAAAAAAGGAGCAGAAAAAAAACUUCAUAAGGGAAAACAUGAAACAGCUUAAAUAUAUUCAGGGCAAAUCUCCCAAAGAGUCACAACAAGGUCUGACGAGCGCCCCUCCGCAGAUCCCUAGGAAGUCAGCCGUAGCCCUCAGCAAAGUCAAGUCAACAGCCUCCAGCAAAAGCGGCAAAGCUGCCUUCUCAAUUGGGAAAUCCAUAGGCAACUCUCGGAAGAAAUUAACCGAUGUCCGAAUAAAGAAAGGUGAUAUGGCUGAGUUCUUGGAGAGAAAAGAGAGACGUGCCAAGCAAGUAAAAGAAGAAGAGACAGAGGAAGAGGAUGUCAAAUCAUCAGAAUCAUCUGGAUGCCUGAGAGAUAUAGGUUGUCAGACUAUAGAGUCUACUUUAGCCCAACAACUAACCGAAUGCACUAAACUUACUGUUUUAUACCCUAAGAAAGAGGAUGAGGAAGCUAAGUUAAAAGCGAGCGGGGACUCUGGCCUCCAUAACCGAGUGACGACGCCUAAGGGACGUAAGGGUAGUGAUGAGAUGAAUAUUGAUUCGGAGCGGAAUCGCAGUAGGCUAAAUGCAAUAUUGGAAAGGAAGGACAAAGACAACAAAGAUCCUUAUCUACCAACAGGCUACCAGCGCGGCGUGGUGCCGGCGUACCUGCGCGCGCGCCGGGAGGGGGGCGGGGGGGUUGCGGGGGUGGCGGGAGGGGCGGGCUCGGCGGCGGCGGCGGCGGGCGGCGCCGGCGCGGCGGGCGCCGAGCCCGGGGACGAGUGCCCGCCCGGCCACGUGGCGCUGCCCGACCAGGAGCGCAAGGAGACGCUGCGCAUGCUUAGGAAUAGUUUUGCAGAACUAGUAAGCGAAUUAAACAAGAUGCCCGUCAAAACCGACACCCUCCGCAUGCGGAACCGCAAGAUGGAGCUCGAGAAACAGCUCGCCAAGCUGGAGGAGGGCAUCAAGGUGUUCUCGAGGCCUAAGGUCUUCGUUAAGAUAGGGGAAUAGUUGCAGUGUUUACAUGCGUAGGGUUCCGUGGCUUACGUGGCAGAAAUAGUUCCCUACGGUCUUCACAUUGGAUGGGAAUUCGUACGUCGCCCCGGUAUGCGAGCGGAACAUCGCUAGAGUAGGACCAAGCUAAGUCUGCAUUUGCAAUUGCAAUUACAUUGUGUGGCAAUGAAACUCGCUUUGUUCUGUUCAAAUCGAUGCUAAUUUAACCUAGACGGCCUCUAUAUAUACCUACGCAUGACGUGCGAAUUCGCAACAGUGUGAUAACCGCGUUAGUGGGUGCACCUAACCCACAAUUUAUCAGAAAUUAGCCUGUAUCUCUAUGGUUACGAAGUAAAUUCAGAUAUUCUCUGUCACUUGUCUUUUUGUAUAAAAAAAUCACUAUGUUCAUGGGAUAUUUGGCCCGUUUUUUUUUUAUUUUGUUGAUUUUUUUGUUACAUUUGGAUAAAAUUUGGAGACAAUAAUUACGAAGUUACAAAUUGUAUGUAUGUUUUUUGAGACAUAGGUAGGUACUUACGGUGAAUUUGCACUAAUAUUGUACAGAAUUGAAAUCGUAAUCUUAAAUUUUUAUGUUAUUCUGACGAAAAAAUAUUCGGCAUAGAAGCUCCGUGAUUGAAUUGUUUGAAUUUCUGGUAAAUUCAGCACGUGCGUGGUUUUGUCACUGUCUGUCCGUCGAACUUAGUACAUAUUUCUUGUAUACAUAUGGUGCUGAGUGAAGGAUUCCGAAAUAAAAAUAAGUACAAGCGAAGCGAGAGGUUUACAAGGGUUCAUCCAUUAAUUACGUCACACGUUUAGCGGGUGAGGGGGGGUCAAGAAAAUGUGACACGUGACAAGGGGAGGGGGAAAUCACUUGUGACAUUAACUUCACCUGUAAGCGAACAUUUGGUUGUGACUUUUUUGUAUUUGAAGUACAGCUAAAAUAUAGGUUUUUGCAAUGAUAAAUAGUUUUUAUUCUUGAAAAUUUUAUUCCUAAUCAGUUCCGUGUCAUUUUUUCAAAUAUUGCUUUAUUAAAAAAUAUUAAUAUAAGUAUAAUAAUACUUACAUCAAAUUGCUGAUUUUGUUGGAAACGGAGUUGCCAAAUAUGUGACGUCACACUCCCUAGUGUGCCCCUGGAGGGGGUUGCCAGGUGUGACAAUGACUGGAGGGUCAAAAAAUCAUAAAAUUCGUGUGACGUAAUUUAUGAAUGACCCCAAAGGCCCUCAAAUGGUCCUCAGUGUCUGACAAAUAGCUAACCAAGCUAAACAUACUAAUAAGAAUAGUUCAUGUAAAAUAUUGACACAACUGUGAACACUGAAAGAUUUAUUAACAUAGGGAAAAACAUCAACUCAAAUCGAGUAAAAAUAAAAGAUAAGAUAAAAGAUAAAGGCCCUAAGUUUUCUUAUAAGGUUCCUUGAUCUAAAUGAAGCCAAGGAGCCUUUUUUCUUAGCUACACCACUGAACACCUUCAUUCUAAUUUAAAACGUUUUAUAAAUUGAAAUGAAUCCGUCUUAGUUUCUGUUUUAAAUUCUCGUAACUAAGUUACUUGAUGUAUGCAUGCUUGUAUGUACGUAUUGUUACGUUGUUUCUUGUAAUUACUAUAAAUGAGGUUUGUUUCUAUGUUUUACAGUGUUUCUAUAACAGUUUUGGUUUAAAUACAUUAUACAUACUUA